GAAGGAGGAGUAUCUGAGGAUGAUUCGAGAUCCGGAAUUUGAACUUGUAUGAGAGGGAAAUGGACUGAUUUUGUAGAUUCUUUUGUUUAUUGGUAAAAUUUAAUUGGUUUCGGUAUUGGAACGAUCCAGCAAGGAGAAAUGGAGUCUCGAAUGGAUCAAUAUGAAAUUAUGGAGCAGAUCGGCCGUGGUGCUUUCGGUGCCGCCAUUCUCGUCCACCACAAAUCCGAGAAGAAGAAGUAUGUGUUGAAGAAGAUCAGAUUGGCUCGACAGACGGAGCGUUGCCGGCGAUCUGCUCAUCAAGAGAUGGCGCUCAUUGCUCGACUUCAACAUCCUUACAUCGUUGAAUUUAAGGAAGCGUGGGUGGAGAAAGGCUGCUAUGUUUGCAUUGUCACUGGAUACUGUGAAGGUGGAGACAUGGCUGAAUUGAUGAAAAAAUCAAAUGGGGUGUAUUUCCCUGAGGAGAAACUAUGCAAGUGGUUUGCACAACUACUUUUAGCAGUUGAAUAUCUUCAUUCAAAUUUUGUUCUCCAUCGUGACCUAAAAUGUUCCAAUAUCUUUCUUACUAAAGAUCAAGAUGUUCGCCUUGGUGAUUUUGGUCUUGCCAAAACUCUCAAAGCAGAUGACCUGGCUUCCUCAGUGGUUGGGACUCCCAAUUACAUGUGUCCUGAAUUGCUUGCUGAUAUUCCAUAUGGUUUCAAGUCUGAUAUCUGGUCUCUUGGAUGCUGCAUCUACGAGAUGGCUGCUCAUCGUCCUGCUUUCAAAGCUUUUGAUAUGGCAGGGCUGAUAAGCAAGAUAAAUCGCUCCUCCAUUGGUCCUCUGCCUUCUUGUUACCCUCCAUCUUUGAAAACACUUAUAAAAGGUAUGCUGAGAAAGAAUCCAGAGCAUCGGCCAAGUGCAUCCGAGCUUUUAAAGCACCCAUAUUUGCAGCCUUUUGUUGAGCAAUAUCGUCCAUCCUUCCACCCUCCGGCAACCAGCUCUCCUGAGAAGCCAAUUUCUACUGCCCGUGAUGGCCGAAGAAAUAUGGCUGAGAGCCAGAAUAGUAAUAGUUCGAGCAGUGAUAAAGAUAGUUUGCUCUCAAGUGAUAGAAACACUACAAAAAUGGUGUCGAAUUGCAAUGGGAAAGCCACUGAUACAGAUUCUGUUUCUAUUGAUGAUGAAAACGGCACUAAGCAGUGCCCACCAAAUGAAGAAGACAGUCCUAAUAUUUGUCCUGUCAAGGUUGAGGAACAAGCAUUGACAAAAGCCUCUCAUUCUGAACAGGAAUCUAAUGUCCAACAAAAGCAACCAAAGACCAUCAAAAGUAUUAUGAUGGCGUUGAAAGAAGGUAAAGUAAGAGAAAAUGGUUCUCCCAUGAGAGGCAACCGUUCUAAGACUGGAGGUGGAUUGACUCAAAAAAAUAAUACAGAAGCGUCUCCCAAAAUUCCCAAACCCAUGGCUGUUGCUCCUGUUUUGAAGUCCAGUGCAGAUGCACCCACUGUUACACCAUCAAAAUCUCCCUUGGAUUCGGCAAAAAGGAUAUUGGGACCAAAUCAUUUGAAGCAUCAUUUACCUGCAAUUGAUUCCUCUCCAAAGACUAAACCAAGACAUGAAGGGAUUCCUCCACCUGCUCCUGCAAAGCAUACUGUUGAAGAUGGACUAACUUCUAAGGCAAGGCAGAGAACUCCUCCUUCCAAUGUGGUUAGGCAGUCAUCAUUGGCAGGAAGAGUGAAGCAAGCUGGAAUUGAUUUUCCAAAUGCAGCAAGCAAUCCACCAAAAUCAGCUGCAACAGAAAUGACUCAGGAGUCUGAAGCUAAUCCUAACCAAUUUUUUAAUGGCAGCCAGGCAAAUAUUUCUGUGGGGGUCAAAAAAGAGCCUCAAAAGGCUGUAGUUGGGGUUGCCAAAGGAAUGCAAACAGACAGCAUCAACUCUGUCUCAUCUUCAAUCUCAAUUCAAGCAUUUGAGCUUUGUGAUGAUGCAACAACUCCUAUUGGCAUGACAGAACAGACCCAAGAUCAUGCUGGUCAACAGCAUGAGAUGACCACUCACGCUGAAAGCUUAGAAUCACACCUAUCCUGCUGCUCAACUACAUCCAAUCUGCAUUCUGAGAGGCCUGAAGAGUUUUUGACGGAAAAUCGAAUUCAUAGAUCCAUAAUAAGUUCAGUUGAAGCAUCAGAGGCUAUUGAAGAUCUUCAGAAUAUCACUGCUGUCGAUGGAAAAGAGACUUGGAGUGGAUCUCUGGCUCCUGCAGUCAUGAAUUCUGAAGAAAGAACUGUUCAAGAAGAUGCAACUCCUGUAAGCCGGCCAAGUAGUAUGGAUAACAACGUCCCUUUAAGCAGGUCAAAAGGUAUGGAUGAUGCUCCUCUUACCAGACCAAGUAUUAGGGAGAACAAUGUGGCAAGCAGGCCAAGUAUUGAGGAGAACACCGUGGAAGGCAGGCCAAGUGUUGAGGAGAACACUGUGGAAAGCAAGCCUAGUGGUAGGCCUGAGACAAUGCUUCAUUCAAGUCAUUCCUCUCUAUCCAGUGGUGAUGACAAGUUCACUGUAAAGGAACUACUCUCAUCAGCUGUAGAAACUGCACCUUCCAUUAUCUCACCAAUUUCUUCUGGUCAAAAUAAUUUGCAACUAGAUAAAGGAAUCAUUUUGCACAAUCCAAUACUUGAAAAGCCGGCAGUAUCCUCACGCCCUCCGGCAAUUGAUGAGGUUAUACACGUCAUAAGGCACAGUAGUUUCCGUGUUGGAAGUGAUCAGCCAGUGAUGGAAAAAGUGGAAAUGGGUGUUCAAAAUAGGGAUGUUGGAAACUUGAUAAAUGUUGUGAGGGAUGAAUUGGAUAUGAGAAACAUGACCACUCCAUUAAUCCUCAAGUCUUCAAAUUGCUCUGAAGCUCCAAGUUUGAAGUCAAAUGUUUCUGAUCAUUCUGGUGUUAAGGAAAUGGAUGUUGGGAACACUAUUUCUUCAGUUCCUAGAUCUGAUUCGCUAGAGUCAGCAAAGCCCAGCUCUUCCGUUUUAGAGGAUGAAGCACCAGCAAAGGAAACUUUGGAUGUGAAGUCAUUUAGGCAAAGGGCUGAGGCACUUGAAGGGCUUUUAGAACUGUCUGCUGAGCUACUCCAGCAAAACAGAUUAGAAGAGCUUUCAGUUGUUUUGAAGCCUUUCGGGAAAGAUAAGGUCUCCCCAAGGGAAACUGCUAUCUGGUUGGCAAAGAGUCUUAAAGGAAUGAUGAUCGAGGACUGUGGACGAAGUUCAUGAAGUAGUAUCUGGGGUAAGCUCCCUCUGGCCUCAUGUUUAUUGUCAUUGUUCUAGUAACUACUAGCAACUUGUGUCACACUCAUCUCAUUUACAGUUGCAAUUGAAUAUUUAAACAGAACGGUUGGGUCUUCUCUCUCACCUCAUUUUGUAAUUUAAUUCAAUGCAUUUUGUUGUACAUAGUGACCAUACAUAUUAAGUACAUUUGUUAUCCUGCCAAAUGUAUUGACAUUCUACAGAAUGUGUUGAGCAAAUUAAAGUGUAACACAAGUU